UUUGCAAACACGCGCGGAACCUUUGUGCUUUGAUGAAGGAUGCGUUGUUUCCUGCCGGACGUUCCCUUUGGUACCUUCGAGUGGUGGAUGACGGAAGUACAACCACAGCCGUUGCAGGUGUUUACUGGGUGAAAAGUUGUAUGUUAUUGUUUUAAAUAUGCCUGUAUUGUCCGAUACAGAGCGUAAGGGCUGUAAAAAUAUGUUGGGUAUCAUGUCAAGGGGCGACAUACUCUCGCUUAGCGAUACAGUCACCAACAAAAUGAUUGCAGUGGAAAACAUGACAGGUGAGAACUUAGCGGCUAAUGUUAACUAGCCCAAUAAAAAUGGACUAAAGGAGCCUAACGUUACGGCUUUAUAGUCCCAGGACCUUACAUGUUCUGUUUAAAGGCGAAUUGGCUCUGGAAGCAAAAACAGCCAAAUACUCAAUCUAAACGUGAAUCGAUUCUAAAUUGCGGUUCAGUUCUAUAAACAUAAAUCCCUCUACUUUCAUAUCACAUCGAAAUAAUUUCACAAAUGCAAAAUACACACAUUGUUAUACAUUGUUUUAAUACAGUUGCAGCCUGCCGUAUGUUUCAGUGACAACAUGUUUUGGCGUCAGUCUUCAGUCUUCAGUUUAUUUACAUACAGGUGUUCGGAGACGCAGAUAGCUAAUUAGCACAUGUAGCUAGUCCAUCCACUGUCUUCCGUAUAUUUUCCGCAAACAAGCGCUGUAACAUGGAAAUAUGUGUGGGAACCCAAUCCCUAUAAAUGUGUGUAUCAAUUUAUCCCCUUUUUAUGAUUUCUCCCAGAUAUGAAAGAUAAGGACCUUUCAUGCAUCCAAACCCAUACCGCAAGCCAUGCUGUUAAUGUUCAGAUCGAAAAACAAAACACCCCCAUACAGAAGACGCCUUCAUCCAAUGACUCUUAUGUGUAAUAAGAGUCAUGACCAAGGGCUAGCUAACCCACUCAUAGACGCUAUCUACCUUUAACGUUAUCUUCUGGCCAGGGCAUUUUGUUAAGAGGCCCGACGCUUGUUCUGAACGUUUAAACGCAUCGCUUGUGGUACGGUUUUGGAAACAAAAAAUAAAAGGUUCAAUUACUACACACAUAAUUCCAAGUUACAGCACUGUUGGCUGCAACUGUGUUAAAACAGUGUACAGUAAGUGUAUAUUUUGCAUUUGUGAAAUUAUUUUGUGAUAUGAAAGUAAAGGGCUUUAUGUUUCUAGAACCAUACCGCAAUUGAGAAUCGAUUCACAUUUAGAUGGGGUAUUUGGCUGACAGCCAAUUCGCCUCUAAACAGAACAUGUAAGGUCCUUGGACUAUAAGGAGUAACAUUAGGCUCCUUUAGUCCAUUAUUGGGCUAGCUAACUAGCUAGCUGCCAACCAAUGGAUGCAUUGCAAGUUUUGAUCUGUAGAUGGGAUACCAUAGUAAAAUCUUGGGGUCGUCUUUGUCUGUUACAGAAGCAGUCGAGGCCAUUCUUUCAUACACCAAGGAUACGGAGGAGCUGCUGAAACGAAAAAAAGUGCACCGUGAUGUCAUAUUCAAGUACCUGGCAAAGGAGGGGGUGGUGAUGCCCCCCAACAGUGAGAAACACCAGCUAGUGAAGCGGACUCUAGAGUUUUGGUCUAAGGGGAAGGUAUAGACACAGCCAGUCAACAUCUCACCUCACAUUCUUGUUUCUGUGUUUCAUAGAGGCUGAAUUUGGCAAGAACAUCUAACCAUGUCUGUCAUCUUGUGUCUGUCAUCUUCUUUGUAGGAAUUGGACUAUCAAGCUCCAGCAGUUGAGACCAGCCUGAGUCUGAGACCAGCUGAGAGUGUCUCUGUUUCCUCUGAGGCGGGGUACAGUCCUGGUUUUGACCACCUGGCCUUGGCCAGACAGUUCUGUCAGUGGUUCUUCCAGCUCCUCAACAGUCAGAACCCCUCCCUGGGCCAGCCUCCUAAGGACUGGGGACCACAACACUUCUGGGAGGACGUCCGUCUACGCCUCUUCUCCAGGUAAUAAUCUGGACACAAAUUAUAUAGUUUUUACUCUCUUAGGGACUAAGUAUUGUUUUUGAGUAACUUGAGUAACUAUUUUAUUUUGUAAUGAACAUACAGUAUUAAAUACCAUAUUAAUUCAUAGGACCUCUCUCUGUCUCAGUGCUGAUAGCCAACAGAUGGAGGAGUUCCAUGGCUCUGAGCUGACCAGCCUGCGUCUCCUAGCCCUGGCGAGGGACGAGAGGCUCCUGUUGAGCCCCAACCUUGACCCUCCUGGCCUGAAGGUCCUGUCCUCCCCCCACGGCCUGGUGCUGGUGGCAGUGGCAGGGACCAUCCACAGAGACGAUAUCUGCCUAGGAGUCUAUGAAGAGGUGUUUGGCCUCAUCCGCUCACCGCUGGAACAGAACAGCUGGAAGAUCAAGUUUGUCAACCUGAAGAUCAGG